AUGCUGGUAACAAUCAGACCCAUUGAGGAGCGCGACUACGACCAGUGGUACCCGCUCUGGAAAGGUGACGACGGCUAUCUUGCCUUCUAUAAGCUGAGAGACAAAGUGAGCGACGACGUCACCAAAGUGACGUUCGCCCGGUUUCUUGACCCUCAGCAGCCGAUGUACGCGGUGGUGGCGGUGGACGAACACGACCACGUCAUUGGCUUUGCCCACUACUUAACUCAUGGUAACACCUGGACUGUGGAGCCGGCGUUAUACAUGAACGACUUGUUUGUGUCGCGCACGACCCGUCUUCACGGGGUGGGUCGUCAGUUAAUCGAAGCGGUGUAUCGUGAGUGCGACCGUCUCGGAUGCAUCAAGUGUUACUGGAGCACGCAGUUUGAAAACCACCGGGCGCAGAUGUUGUACGUGAAGGUGGCAAAAAAGCUGGGCUUUUUGCUUUACCGGCGCCCCGGUCCCGGCGAGUCGCCUGACGGCGCGCAAUUGUGA